UCGUCUAUGGCUUUCGAACAUUUUAAGUAAGUAGCAUUUAAUAAUAAAAUGGCGACUCAGACGAAAUCCGAAACAAGUCGACAACAUGAAAUUCAUAGAAGAGUUCAGAGAAAAAUUGCUGGAGAAUACUUGGAUCAAGUUGAUCCUGGUGGACAUAUUGUUCAAGAAUUUUUCCCAGACAAACUCUCACAGUUCAAACAGAUUGACAGCGACACAAAAAAGAAAUUUGAUGCACAGCAUAGAAAGUACAGACGGACAGAAUCAGCAUAUAGCAUCCAGAACAUCUGUUGGUUGAUAGCUGCAAUGGGUGUCUUCUACUACACAGACUUCUACCUUGCACUGAUGUAUGACCACAGAAUUCUCAGGUUGUGGUUCAACUCUGGUGUGAUACUCAUCGGCGUCAACAUGGGUAUCGGUCUUUUCCUGAUUGUGUACCUGUCGUACUUCAAGAAGAUCAGCUCUGAUAACUGGGAGAGGGAAUACCCUGCUGCCAUACCCGUUGCAUCGGCUGCAUUUGUCGUCGGAGGCAUUUUAAUGACAGUGGGACUGUGGCCAUUAUGGGGAAUCUUCACUCCGUUCAUUUUACUCAUCUUGUUCAUGGGCAUCGUAGUGACUAUAGCCAUGUUGCCCAACUUCUGAAUAGAACCAAUACGUGUUAGCUGGUUUCAGUUAAACGAUGGUUUUCGGUUGGACCAAUCGGUUGAAGAGGGACAUCUUCCAAUAUUGUGAUAUAAGAUCAUACGCAUAGUGAAAAGAAAGGUUUUUGACGUGUACAAGUUAGAACAAAAGUGAUUAUAGUAUACAUAUGUUUUAUUCAUUCAGUAAAAUCAAUCAAAAAGGACAUCUCUAAUUAUGUGAUAAUAUUCAGGAUGCAAAAAGUUUUGUAUGAUGUUGAAAGAGCUUACUUAUUUCACUACCAGACUGCAUAAUGAAACUGAUCAACCUAAUGUGUCUUUCAUAUAUUCAGUGUUUUUAGACAGUUUUAUAAUGAACUACACAUUCCAUCUCUAAUAUUGUGAAAAAUGCAGCAUGUUUUAUAUAGAAAGAUGUUUCAAAGGCUUUCAAAGCAAAAUAUUUAUAAUCCCUUUCCCCCAUAAGAAGCAAAGUGAAAAUGGCUUUUUCAACCAUCAUAAAACCAGAACAGCCUGCAAGUAACUUGCAGUCUGUUCAGGUUUUAUGCUGUUUGCUGCUCAUCAGUAUCUAAGAGAUGACAAAGAAGCCUUUAAAACUUUAAUAUAGUAGCAAACAUCUUUAAUUAAAUUUAACUUAAAUUAAACUUUGGGACUACAAAUACAUAUCUAAGUGGUAAUGGGUUAAUAGACCAGUAUUUUGUGUCAUGUCAUUGUGUAAUCAUUAGUGGAAUGUAUUACAGGAACCACAAAGAAAUCUUUUAACAGAUAUGUGCAAUGUUUUUCUAAUGACUGUGAUUUUAGCAUUAAAUCACAGCAGCAUAUUUCCAUUAAUAAUUAUUUUCAAAUUUACUUUACAUGUAUUGUAGACCUAUUGUAAUAUUAAAUGAUUUAAAGCUUUAUACAUGAUUUGUAAAUACAUGCAUAUAAUGUGCAACUUAUACAGGCUGUUCCCAAAAGUAAACGGAUUAUUGGGACUAAAUGACCUUUCAUGAGUGUUUUACAGUAACAGCAGUACAAUGUAUUGUGUGAAAGAGGUUCUAGUUAGUUGUUUAGUUUUUGUUUCAAUAAAAUAUUGCGUUUAAAAGCUGUUGCAAUAAUAUUUAUAAGCACCAUUUUAUAAUAUUAAAAUUAUAAACUCUA